CUGUCUUUAACUUGUCCCCUCCACUUAACACAGUUUGUGCUAUCUAUCUCUCUCACACACACAAAUACAACGUGUGUGCAACAGUCUUGAGUCCAAAAGGGACAUUAGCACAUUGGCCUCUUUUGCCUUUUGUUUCAGUUUUUUCUAUGCUAUUGUCCGUGUCUGCUCAGAACUGCAAAAUGGGGGAAGAAUCAUAUUUUGAAUUUCUUGUUAUUAUUUGAUGCUCUCUGUCUUCUUCUUCUCAUGGUUUGAUACACCACACUUAAAAUAUGAAUUUUCUGUUAAUUUUUGUUGAAAUCCUUUUAAGGUCUUACGGUUUCUUGAAUUAAAGACACAACCUUUACUGAUUUCUUGGCCACUAUUGGAGUCCUUUUCUUCACUAUUCUGAGUUUUUAAUGUUUCUUGGUACACAAUAAUUCUUCCAAAAACCACUUGAUUACUUCCAGAACCAACUUAAAUGCUUUUUGCCUCUUUCACUGGGUAGUGGGUUGGCUACUUUUUGUUUCUUGUGGUGGUGUAAUGCUAUAUAGUUCUUAGAAUAAAAAAACAAGCUCCACCUCUUGGGGGAUUAAUGGAAAUUGAUCUGAACCUUGCAGUGGGUGAGGUGGAGAAAAAUGCAUGUAACAAUGGAGGAGAAUGUGACAAAUUGGGAGGUAGUAGUUGUGUUUAUUGCUCUUUGUCUACUUCUACUUCCUCAUGCUCUUCAAAUGCUGCAUCUGCGUCUCCUUCCUCUCCUUGUUCAGUAUCAAUCUAUAUGGAGCUGUGGCAUGCCUGUGCUGGCCCUCUCACAACCUUGCCCAAGAAAGGGAAUUUAGUGGUAUAUUUCCCUCAAGGCCAUUUGGAGCAAGUUGCUUCAAGGGAUAUGCCCAAUUUUGAUCUCCCUCCCCAGAUCUUUUGUAGGGUUCUUGAUGUACAACUACUUGCUAAUAGGGAAAAUGAUGAGGUCUAUACUCAGCUGACACUACUCCCUCUACCAGAGGUACGAUUUCUAAUUGGAGCAAAAUUAGAUGACAAAGAGAUUGAAAGGAUAGGGGUCCAUGAAGAUGGGGAAGGAGUUACGCCUGCAAAAUCGACCUCCCACAUGUUCUGCAAGACUCUUACUGCUUCUGACACCAGUACGCAUGGUGGAUUUUCAGUUCCGCGUAGGGCUGCUGAAGAUUGUUUCCCACCUCUGGAUUAUAAAGAGCAGAGGCCCUCCCAGGAGCUUAUCGCUAAAGACCUACAUGGCAUUGAAUGGAAAUUCCGUCACAUUUACAGAGGCCAGCCAAGGCGACAUUUGCUUACUACUGGAUGGAGUAUUUUUGUUAGCCAAAAGAAUCUAGUAUCGGGGGAUGCAGUUCUCUUUCUGAGGGGAGAAGGUGGAGAGCUAAGGUUGGGAAUUAGAAGAGCUGCUCGACCUAGAAAUGGGCUACCUGAUUCAGUUAUUAAAAAUCACAGUAGUUAUCCCAAUGUUCUCUCUUCAGUAGCUAAUGCUUUGUCAAGCAAGAGCGCAUUCCAGGUGUUCUAUAGUCCAAGGGCAAGUCAUGCUGAUUUUAUAGUCCCAUAUCAAAAGUACGUGAAGAGCACUGCCAGUCAUUUACCUAUCGGGACAAGAUUCAAAAUGAAAUUUGAUUUAGAUGAUUCUUCGGAGAGAAGAUUCUGUGGAGUGGUGACUGGAGUUGGUGAUGUGGACUCCUAUAGAUGGCCAAACUCGAAAUGGAGAUGCUUGAUGGUUCAAUGGGACGAGGAUAUCAUGAGUAAUCAUCAGGAUCGAGUUUCUCCAUGGGACAUUGAUUUCUCAGUUCCUUUCCCACCCCUGAGCAUUCAUUCAUCUCCAAGAAUGAAGAAAAUGCGAUCAAGUCUGCCAGUGACCCCACAUGACAGCCGAAUCACAGCAGGAGGGAAUUCCCUUUUGGACUUUGAGGAGUCUGUUAGAUCCUCUAAGGUCUUGCAAGGUCAAGAAAAUGUAGGUUUUGUAUCACCUCUCUUUGGACGUGAUAGGAUAAACCGCCAGCUGGAUUUUGAGAUGCAACCUGCAGUACGUCAAAAUCCUGUAUCAAAUGUCACAGAAAAGCCUAAUUAUAGUGAGUUUGUGAAGAAUCAUGCUCCUGCAACCUAUACUGGCUCUACGGAAACGAAUUGGUUUCCAAAGGUCUUGCAAGGUCAAGAAAUUUGCUCAUUGAGAUCCCUAGCUGGGAAAAAUGAUUUUAGCGUUGGUGCGUGGCCAAAACCUGAUUUUGGUCGUAAUGCUUACAACGCGUAUCAAACGCCCAGACCCAAUUUAUAUCCUCUAGCUUCUGAAGGUGCUAGAAACAUAUUUUUUCCUUGCAAUGGGAUCUACAGAGCUGACCCAGAUCCUCUAAUGCUAUCCUAUGUGUCAGACGUUCAAAGAGAAAGCCGUGUGUUAAAUUCCACUUCCAUCGGAAAUGCUGCUACAGUUGAUAUGGGUAAGGUGCCAAGUCUCGCAAACCAGCCGAGGCCACUGGAGAAGUCAUCCACAUCUACCACUGCGCAGGAACAUUUCAUUAAUACUAGUGAGGCCGUCUUGAAGGGAAAAGCGCCCGCCUUUAAACUAUUUGGGUCUUCUUUGACCGAGGAUAUUUCUUCGCUUAAUUCACUGGGUUCAAAUAAGAGGAGCUGCACAAAAGUUCACAAGCAAGGCAACUUGGUGGGGAGAGCCAUUGAUCUCUCGAGACUACAUGGCUAUGAUGACCUGCUGACUGAACUGGAGAGGCUAUUUAGCAUGGAAGGCCUCUUGCAGGAUCCUGAAAAAGGAUGGCGUAUAUUGUACACUGACAGUGAGAAUGACAUGAUGGUUGUUGGUGAUGAUCCAUGGCGUGACUUUGUUGAAGUGGUGUCUAAGAUCCAUAUAUAUACACAAGAGGAAGUGGAGAAAAUGACCAUUGGAAUGAUCAGUGAUGACACUCAAAGCUGUUUGGAAGAAAUGCCCCCAGUAACAGACGUGUCAAAGUCAUCUUCCGUUGGCUAGCCUGAUUCCUCAUCGACUGUGAUCAUGAUGUAAAUCUCAGGUUGUUUGACUAUCAUCCUAGCAGUACUGUUAUCUACUACUUGACAAACUUGGUUGUGUUUCUUAAGUGUUUGGGAUUGUAAGCUUAACUAUCUUUCGCCCUGCUGGACAUGAUACUAUGAUGUUGGAAAACGACAUGAAUAUUAUAUAAUAAAGGUCCAAUGUCUAUGCACUUAACGCCUUCUUUUACAACUUUUAAGACUUGGGCCACUCUUGUUUUCUGUGUCAA